GCAGGAUACUACUGGUACGGGAGUGGGAGAAGGGGCCCAGGACGACCCCCUCGCUGGGUUGACCAGCUACUUUCAGCCAGACCGACUGUUCCAGUAUCGGCGGGAAAACAGAGUCAACCUUUAGCCAACUCUUCGGCAACUACAAGGGAACAGAGAAGUGUCGGGGCGCCGACACCCGGAAAUGCAGACAGUACUCCACCCCCAAGUACUAUUGAUGAGCAGACAUCCACGUGCACCGCUGGCAGUCGAAACCAGUCUGGAGAUGAAGAUGAGACGGUGGACGAUCUCAGUAGUGCACUCCCAACUGCAGCUGCAACAGUCUGUCAUCCCACGGCAGUUCUCGAUGGUUGCGUUCUGCAAGACCAGGCCUCAGUGCAAGACGAAGGGGAGCCGGUAGAUACUUUCACCUCCACACCUCAGCAGUACAGUGCUUCGGAGACAGCAGACCAGUUGGGACCACAGGGAAGUGCAAGGGUUUUGCCGAAGAGAGUGGAUGGUUCUAUUACUGCCCUAGAGCAUGGAGGGCAUGUUGCUGAUGGACCGCAGCCUACAUCGGUGUCACCACAAGAGCCCAAUCAUCCGAUGGGUGUACAUUCAAGUGGGAAACCUACUCGCGGAGUGGGGGCUACUCAGAGCACUACACAAACCCAGCAUUCAGAAGCAAUUCAGAGGAAAGGACACACCCGGGGUGGGAUGGAAGGUCUUGAUCAAGGGACUCAGAGGAACCGACGUCCUAGACGAGAGGUGCGACCUCCAGACAGAUACAUGUGACCAAGUUCGAGGGCGAACUUUCCCGACGGGGGAGAGUAAUGUAGCAAACUAAUAUCCUCACCAUUACUAUCUGCAUGGCCUCACACAUUUA